AAGAUGCCUUAGGUUAACUGAAAAGCCAAGUUAUGCUUGCACUGAAAAACUGACCCUUAAAAAAUAAUCAAAUAAAAUAAUUGCUGCGUACACUUUUGCUACGUGUUUGACCAAGCUCCUCCUUCUAUUUGUCGUGUGCGUCUUGAUGUUGCUCCACAAAUGAAGGGACUAACAGUCCUAAGCCAAUUUCGACGGUCAAAAGGUUUCUGUAUAGACCUGUAUGUGUCUGUGCGUGCACUCAUGAGAGUGGAUGCCGUUUCAUUGCAGUCAGCGAGAGUGGCCUUACCUGAGUGAGGGGAAGAAGUUAGUUACGGUGAAUAGGUGUGAGCACAUGGACGGCGAGCAUAAUAUAUUUGUAACUAUUAAACGAAUUAAUAAACAUUUUAAAUACACGUAUUUGUGCGACUCGGUAUUGGGUAUAGAUAAUAUAAAAGGUGAGUUAUUACAAUGGCGACAAGGAUGGGAUCGAAAAGAUCAGAUACAUAUAUAUAUAAAAAAAAAAAAAAAAAAAAUUAAAUUAGAUUUUCACAAUUGGAAGUGGCGGCAGUGUCAGCCAUUUUCUUUUGUGGAUUUUGUUCAGACGAAUACGUACUCGCUGAAGUUGCAGUAUUGGUAACGAGAAAAUGUUUUAUAACAAAUAUUUCGCUAAAACUGAGACACAUUAAAUUGUGCUAUUGAUAAAUAGAUACGAUAACCGAAAGUAACAAAUCGGAGGUAGAUUAAAUAAACCUAAAUUAGCACAUUCAAUUGUGCAUAUCAGAAAUAAUCAAAGGCGAUCUAAUUACCUGAUUUCAGAUUGCAAGUGACGAAUUAAAUUUUGUCUAGAGCAGACACGAAAGGUGACGAAUUGAAUUUUGUCAGUGGUGCAGGUGCUAAAGACACUGCAGUCGUUACAAACGAACCGAGUGGGAGGCAACCCAAAGCUAAAGUUGAAGCAGUACAUUUAAUUGUACAAAAUGUCAGAAAUCCGUCCGUUUCUGUGCGAUAAUAUUGAUAGAGCGCUGGUACGAUCAGAAUGGGAAAAGUGGCAUAGGUCCUUCUCUUUAUAUCUUCAGGCAGAAGAUAUAAAUGAUGAAAUAAAGAAAAAGAACAAACUGUUACAUUUGGGCGGUCCACAGCUACAGGAAGUGGCAUUUAAUAUUCCGGGUGCUUUGGUUGAAUCCGAUGGGAAGACAAAUGUUUUCAAAGUACUGGUAGACAAGCUGGAUGAAUAUUUUUCACCAAAACGUAACUCGACUUUUGAGAGGCACCUGUUUCGUAAUCUGUCCCCUAGCGAGGGCGAGAAUUUUAAUAAAUACUUGUUGCGGCUUAGAAAUCAAGUGUCUAAGUGCGACUUUGGGAAAACUGCGUCGGAAAUAAUCGAAAUUUGCGUGAAAGACAAAAUUAUUGACUCUUGGGCCCCUGUUGACCUUAAAAGGAAACUGCUCGAAAAGGAACAAAGUCUGAAUGAAAUAAUCGAGUCCUGCCAAAUCUACGAGCAAAUCAGUAAGCAAUCGGGGUCGAUGUUCACAAAACCAAGCGAAGAAAAGGUCAACAGAAUUUCAGCCAAAACAUCCGGAUGGAGACAUGAGUUGGACGAGUGUAUGAGAUGCGGUCAAAAAGGUCACGGGAAUAAAGACUUAAAAUGUCCAGCGAGAUUCCUAAAAUGCAAUAAAUGUGGUCUGGUGGGACAUUUCGCAAGAAAAUGUAAGACCAAAAAGCGAAAACACAACAGCAGUGGACAUAGUUCACCCAAAAAGCGGUCAUCGGGGUCGUUUAGGGUGCGUAAUGUAGAGGAAGAAAGCGAACCGGAAGAAGUUCGAGAGCUGAAUUGCUUCAAGAUUACAAAUGACGCGUAUGAUGAUGAAAACCUAAGAUGUGACAUUGGUGGUUGUGGCAUACCAAUGAUUAUUGACUCGGGUACGCGAUUCAACUUGGUUAGCGAAAAUGAUUUUAAAUCGCUAAAGAACAAUGCAGCAGUUCUAUGGAAUGAACGAAAUGACUCGUCCACUCAUUUCAAAGCUUAUGCGUCGAACCAAACACUUAGUGUCCUGCGGGUAUUCGAAGCACCAAUAGGAAUACGUAAUAUAGAAAGAAUUGCUACCUUCUAUGUGAUCAAAAAUGGAUGUCAGUCACUAUUAGGGCGCGACACGGCAACGAAGCUAGGGGUGCUGAGACUGGGAACAAACGUAAACCGUGUGGAUAGAGUAGAACCUUUCCCAAAGAUGCUUGGGGUGGAAAUUAAAUUAUCAAUAAAUCCAGAUGUUAAGCCGGUACAACAGGCAAUGCGACGAGUCCCUGUGGCGUUGGAGAAGAAGGUCUAAGAUAAAAUAGACCACAUGCUUGCACUGGAUAUAAUCGAGCCAGUGUCGGGACCCACAUCGUGGAUUUCACCAAUAGUGAUCGUCUUCAAAGAAGGGGGCGAAAUGAGACUGUGCAUCGAUAUGCGCAGGGCAAAUCAAGCCGUAUUACGCGAGAAUUAUCCACUCCCCACCUUUGAGGUAUUUAUGACCAAACUAAGAGGAGCCAAAUUCUUUUCAAGAAUUGACCUGAAAUGGGCA